GGGGAGAAGAAGGGAGGAGAGGGAGGAGGGCGGGGGAGGGAAAAAGGAGCGAGGUGUCUCCUGAGCUCGCUGCCUCUGGCAAGUGGAGUUUUUAAAAAGCUCGGGCGGAUCAUGUCAUGACGACUUCGCUGCUCCUGCAUCCGCGCUGGCCGGAAAGCCUUAUGUACGUCUAUGAGGACAGCGCGGCGGAGAGCGGCAGCGGCGGCGGCGCUGGAGGCGGCGGCGCGGGCGGCUCGGGGGGCGGCUGCAGCGGAGCGAGCCCCGGCAAAGCCCCAAGCAUGGACGGUCUGGGCAGCAGCUGCCCGGCCAGCCACUGCCGCGACCUGCUUCCGCACCCCGUGCUGGGCCGCCCGCCGGCUCCUCUGGGCGCCCCGCAGGGCGCCGUCUACACGGACAUCCCAACCCCCGAGGCAGCGCGCCAGUGCGCCCCUCCACCGGCGCCCCCCACCUCGUCCAGCGCCACCCUGGGCUACGGUUACCCGUUCGGGGGCAGCUACUACGGCUGCCGCCUGUCGCACAACGUAAACCUGCAGCAGAAGCCUUGCGCCUACCACCCGGGUGAGAAGUACCCGGAGCCGUCGGGCGCCCUGCCCGCCGACGACCUGUCCUCCAGGGCCAAGGAGUUCGCCUUCUACCCCAGCUUCGCUAGCUCCUACCAGGCGAUGCCCGGCUACCUGGACGUGUCGGUGGUGCCAGGGAUCAGCGGGCACCCAGAGCCGCGUCACGACGCGCUCAUCCCCGUCGAAGGCUACCAGCACUGGGCUCUCUCCAAUGGCUGGGACAGUCAGGUGUAUUGCUCCAAGGAGCAGUCGCAGUCCGCCCACCUUUGGAAGUCUCCCUUCCCAGACGUGGUUCCCCUGCAGCCCGAGGUGAGCAGCUACCGGCGCGGGCGCAAGAAGCGCGUGCCCUACACCAAGGUGCAGCUGAAGGAGCUGGAGAAGGAGUACGCGGCUAGCAAGUUCAUCACAAAAGAGAAGCGCCGGCGCAUCUCUGCCACCACGAACCUCUCCGAGCGCCAGGUCACCAUCUGGUUCCAGAAUCGACGGGUCAAAGAGAAGAAGGUGGUCAGCAAAUCAAAAGCACCUCACCUCCACUCCACCUGA